CAGAGGUAGGCUUAUGCGGUUUGUUCCACCUUUCGCAUCGGGUAUGGGCAGGGAACGAAAGAAUAGUUCACCUCGUGAUGGCAAUAAGUGCUUCAGGGGCUGUGCUGGGGCCUCUACUACUGAACCCUUUUCUUCACGACGGCGUCUUCACAAUGGCAUACUUUCAAAAACACAACACAACUCUCGAGGAUAUAUUUCAUAUAUAUCAAAACCUGUCUAACACAGGUCCUGUGACAACACUCGACAAAUACCACAUGGACCUUCCUGGAGUGUUACCUGAGAACACCUCUCAGUCUUUGAAUGAACUGAUUUCUGCUGAAAAUUCACUCACUGGGAGUGCACGUUCCACAUCAUGUUCCGACUUCAGUACACUUAUCGAAUAUCCAUACUUUAUCACGGGGGUGAUAGGUGUACCAGCGAUCAUCCUUGGGCUCUAUUUCUAUAUCAGACCUGGAACACACUGCCCAAGCAAUUCCUACGAGACAGUGGUAGAUUCAAGCACUGGAAUUACCAACCCUGGAAAUCUGUAUUUUGUAUUGAUGUUCCUGUUCCUUCUCUGUAGCCAAGGCAUUUCUGUAGCAUUUUCGUCUCUCCUCACAACAUUUGGUCUGACUAGUUCCCUGAACAUCAGCCUGAGCACAAUGUCAGUGAUGACAUCUUUCUUUUGGUUUAUUCAUUUUAUUGGUCGUAUGUUAACAGUACUACUCCCAAGAGGGACCAGACAGUUGUACAUACUAUGCAUCUGCCUCGUGGGUACUCUCCUUGGAACACUUACUUUGGCAAUGACUGAGUGGCUAGGAACAGCCGUUCUUUGCGCAGCGUGUGCGUUGAUUGGCUUAUUUACUGGCCCUCUAGUGUCUGCUGGGCUUACGUGGUCGGGUCAAGUCAUUGCAGGAACACCAAAAAUCACAUCCUUCUACGUAGUGGCCAUAUCUUGUGGAUUUGGUGCUCAGUUUCUCUGUGGGUCUGUGAUGUAUGCUGUUGGACCAAAAGGAUUCGUCUCCUUUUGUGCUGAAAGCUUGCUCCGAUACAUCAAGAUAUUGUACUGGAUGAUGUCUCUGGCGUCAUGUCUCAAACAUGACAGAGACUUGGACCUGGUAGAGUUGCUACUGCCUCUUGACGUAAGGAAUGACAAACGGCUCGUGCAGAUGCCCAGCCAUCAGUAA